AUGUGGGAAAAAGAGGACCUGGCCCCGGAAGAGGCUGCUCACUGCCGGGCAUACCGGCUACCGAUCCCCCUGCAGCCCCGGCAGCACCGGAGGACGCUGCUCACUGCCGGGCACACCGGCCGCCGAUCCCCCUGCAGCCCCCUGUCGGCCAGCGCACGUCACUGCGCCCUCCCGGCCUCGCUGCGGUGGCGGCGCGGAGCGAAGGAGGCGGGGCGCGGCGCGCGGGCGCCCCUUGUCGGUCAGUGCGCGGACUGCAGCGGCGGCGCCAUGAGCGCGGGGCUGGUCGGGUACAGCAGCUCCGAGGAGGAGGAGGAGGAGGAGGAGGAGGAGGAGGUGGGGGUGGCGCGGGGCGAGAUCGCGCAGGGAACCCCGCGGGGUGCCAGUCUCAUCCUCCUCCUCAGUCCCUGCAGUGCCGGCCAGUCGCGCCUGCCUGUGCCCGAAGGCCUCCCAGGAGACCCUGACCCUGACGAGGUUGUCAGCGAAGACAGCGCCCAGCACGGUGGCCGCGUGCGCGGCUUCGCCCAUGAGCGUGGCAACUGGGCCACCCACGUGUACCUGCCCUACAGAGUCGAGGAGGAAUUCCUGGAGCUGCUGGAGCUGCUCGUGUCCCAUGCUCGCACCUACGUCUCCUCGCUGGCUGCUGCUGAUGAGUUCCACCUUAGCCUCUCACAGUGCGUGGUGCUGCGCUACCACUGGAUAGAGCCCUUCGUCCGCUCCCUCAGGGAGCGCCUGGCCUCCUUCCACAGGUUCUUCUGCGUGGCUGACCAAGUGAAGGUUUACACCAACCAGAACAAAACUAGGACCUUUAUUGGCUUGGAGGUCUCAGCUGGGCAUUUCCAGCUGCUGGAGCUGGUCUCAGAGGUGGACAGAGUUCUGGAGGAAUUUGACCUUCCCACAUUCUACAAGGACCCAUCAUUCCAUAUCAGCUUGGCCUGGUGCGUUGGGGACAUGUCUGGCAAGCUGGAAGGGCAGUGUCUGCGGGAGCUCCAGGACAUCGUGGAUGGAUUUGAGGACUCAGCGCUCCUGCUGCGUAUUCAAUGGGAGCAAAUUCGUUGCAAGUCAGGGAACAAGUAUUUCUCCUUCCCCUUGAGGUAGGAGCCGGUGCGGCUGUGCAUCUCAGAGCUUCGAAAACCCUGAUGUUCAACCAAGGACUGUUCUCCAAGCACAGCUCCAAGUGCUGCAGGCUGUCACGCACGUCCCAUGCUCUUCUUGUCUGCUCAGCAUCUCUGAGGUCUUUGUGGCCUCAAGUCAGGCUACUUCCAAGUUUGAGUUGCUGGCUGAAGAAAUGUGUGUUUGUAGCAGCUUUUGUCCUUGCUGCUGUAUGUGCUGCAGUCAGCACUCGUGGUUCCAGCCAUCCCACGGUUGCUGAUUUUGCUGAUUUUUUUAAAACAAAGAAAAAAAAAAUCUCUAUGAAAUCCAUAGAUGCCUUAUCGGAAGUAGGAGGAAGGUAGCGUGAGAAGCUGUUACUAGAGGGAGAGUGUCUCACACAGUCAGAAAUAGUGCUGCCGGAUUGUCAGGAGGCUUUGAGUAGCAAGAGAUGAGGAUGUGAAGCUGGACUCUUACCAGAGCAUCUGCCUACUGCAAGAUGAGUUCCUGGGUCAUGUUCUGUGUCCCUCUCACACUGCUGCUGCCUCUAUAGAGGGAUUUCCAUAUCUGAUCCUUUUGCCAAACAGCAAAAGAUGGAAUCUGGAGGGGAGAAGUUGGAAGACCCUUCUGUUUCAGUGCUCCGGGCUGAAUCUGAAAAAAGAACUUUGGUUUCAGAUUGUGCAUGCCAUAAGCCCAGGAAUGUUUUGGUCGGCUGCUUCUCCUGAGACACUUGGUGCUAUGUGUGAAUGAGCACAAAGGAGGGCAGUGUCAGCUUUUGCCUGAGCUGGAAGGGCAGUGCCCACGCAAAAGGCAAGGGGUGGCAGCUCUUGCCCAAGCUCCACACUUUUUCCCUGUGGGAACAGCACCUGCAGUGCUGUGGUGACCCUGAAGACAGUGGGCUGGACUUUGUUCCUUGGGAGAAGCUCCUUUUUAAUCCUUUUGUUCCUGUGAGGAGGUUGGCUGCAGCCUCUCUGCUAUUCAGAGGAAGAUGCCGAUAUGCUGCCCUGAAUCUUUCAUUCUAUGUCUGUCUGAUGAAAGACUCCAGGACUUCUAAGCAGUAAAAAUCUGUCUCCCCAUGUCAUAAAAUUGUUU